AUGAAUGCCAAAAGUGAAAGGCCAAAUUGUUCAAAUGAUAUUGUUCGGAAUGCACAAUUGGAUGUUGCAGAAGAACUUCGCAAACAGCAACUUGAAAUUGAGCGAGUCAAUACAGCAUUAUCAGUCUUGAAAAAAAUGGAAUCGAUUGAAUCAGAAGAGGAUCUGUCGUUGGAUAAACCAUAUGAAUUUCGAGAUUUUCGAGCAGUUCAUGAAGAAUUAAAUCAAUACAUGGCUCUAGUACAACAUGUUAUAAGUUUGACAAAACAAUGUUGUUCGAAAUGUUCGAAACACGAAUAUGUCGCUGAUAAUUUUGUUGAAAAAGGUCGUGAUGAUUGCAGUAUUCGCAUUGGUCUCGGUUAUCACAAUGCAACUCCUUCUACUAUACCAAGUCAAAAUUUAACUGAUUCGCGAACGAGUCGUCUAGCUAUUACGCCAACGACUACAGUGCAUGUUUCGCCAGGAUUAGCAGAUGCUCAAUCGAAGUGCAGUAAUGAUAAUUCUUUAAAUAUCAGGCCGAAAGAAGUACUUGUUGAUGCUCGGCAAAGUGUUCAAAAUCAACGAGUGCAUUCUGCCAGUGAACCUGGUUCGCUGUUGCAGCUGAUUCAGCCGACAGUUAUUGUGAAUCAGAAACCACAUCCAUUUUUAUCGCAGGCUGGAUCUGAUUCACAUUCACUACAUGCAGCUAUGCAGAAUGUUCUCGGAUCAUUGAAGCGUACUCUUCCUGGAUUUCAUCCAAUAGCUUCACCUAUCUUAAACAGUGAUGCGGUUGAUUUCAUUUCUGCAUUUUCUUUUGCACUUCGGCGUUACAAUGAACGUGUACGCUCACAAAUAAAACUACUUCUUGAGAAGUAUGAUUCAUCAAUUAAUAGUAUAAAACGUAGCGAACUUGUUUGUGAAAUCGAUCAUUUGCACAAAAUAAGCCGUUCUGCAAGUAUUAAACGACGGCAGUUGUUGGAUAUCAUCCAUGGUCCAUAUUAUCAAGCAGUGAAUUGUCCACCAUUACGUCAAAUGAAAAUUCUGCACUCGAUCUUUUCAUCAAAUUCGUCGUAA